CCCAUUGCUACUACUUAUUCCAUACCCGCUUCAACCCUCAUUCACUUAACCAAACAACACAAAAUGCAAACCUUCUUCUUCUCAAUAUUCAUAUUCAUCUUCCCAUAUGGAAAUCAGCAACAAGUCUCAUCCAAACCCUUCCUCACACACACCAACACCAACAGAAGGAUCCUCCAUGAACCCUUUGUGCCACUCAACACACUGUCACCAUCAGAACCACCAAAGCCAGCACCUCCUAACCCAUCCCCUUCAACCCAAAAACCAAAGUACCCAUCAUCCACCAUUCCCACCACAGCCACAACCACAACCACAACCACAACCACCACAACACCAAACCCAAACAAUUCACCGUUUUUCCCAUUAUACCCCUCAUCACCUCCACCUCCUUCUCUGUCCACCUUUGCUUCCUUCCCAGCUAACAUCUCUUCUCUCAUUCUUCCUCACUCUCCCAAACCUAAUUCCUCUUCCCACAAACUCCUUCCCAUUGCUCUCUCCGCCGUCACCCUCGCCAUCCUCGCUGUUGCCAUUUCCGUCUUCGCUUACCAUCGCCGCCGGAACCGCCGUGCCGGAAAAAUUCUCCGAUCCGACACCGACCUCCUGCCGUUUCACUGCAAUGCCGAACCCGCCGUAGAAACCCGCAAGCUCCGGCACACGUCUUCCACUAGCUCUGAAUUCCUUUACCUCGGCACCGUCGUGAAUUCGCACAGAAUUGAAGAUAGCACCGAUGCCGGCGGCGAGGACGCUCGGAAAAUGGAGUCGCCGGAGCUCCGGCCACUCCCCCCUCUGGCACGACAACCUUCACUGCCGCCACCUCCGCCGCCGCGUGACGAGGCGGGUUUUACGACUGCGGAGGAGGAAGACGAGGAGUUCUACUCGCCGAGAGGAUCGUCUUUGGGAGGCUCCGGCGGAACUGGAUCGGGUUCCCGGCGAGUGUUCUCAGCCGGAAGAAGCGGCCACAUGAGCUCUAUCUCGUGCUCGUCCUCCUCUUCCGGUUCGCCGGACCGGUCUCACUCGAUCACCGUCUCGCCGCCGGCGAGCCCGAGUCUCCGAAGAACACGAUCAAAAUCUCCGGAAAUUCACAACCAACAACACGUGCAAUCUUCUUCUUCUCCUUCGUUGUGUUCAACACCAGAGAGAACUUUCACUGAAGAUGAUGAUACUCAUUCUCUUUCCUUGCCACAGAACACAGCUUCGGAGAAAAACACAAAUGACGCAUUGAAUGCAUGUGCAAACGCACAUGCACCAUCAUCGUCGUCGUCAUCACCACCACCAAGGGUAUCAAACGCUUCAUCUUCAGCAUUUUCUCUACCCUCUUCGCCGGAGAAGGUGACACGUCAUCACAGUUUCGAUCAGUCUCCGAGAUUUUCGAGUUUCUCCGAGGGGCUAAUGUUACCGGGUCUGUCAUCAUUGCCUUUGUCACCCGCACUGCUUUCAUCACCAGAAACCGAAAGGGGUUUCAGUGUUACUUCAAAUGAAUUGGGAACAGGUUCUAAUGGUAGAAAACACUGGGAAAUUCCAGGUCUUUCCAGGCACAUUGCUCCGCCGCUCCCACCGCCAUUGCCGCUGUUACAGCGGCAAAGGAAACAGUGGGAUGUGCCACUGGCAGAGGCCUCAACACCUGUCGGUCAACCCAUUUCGAGGCCGCCGGAAUUAGUACCGCCUUCGAGGCCUUUCGUGUUGCAAGGCCAAACAAACGUUUCCCCUGCAGAGUUGCCGGCGAGUUUGGGGGAAAUUGAAGAGAAUUGCAAGCCCAAGUUGAAGGCCCUGCAUUGGGACAAAGUCAGAACAAGCUCUGAUCGUGAAAUGGUGUGGGAUCAGUUGAAGUCGAGUUCCUUUAAAUUGAAUGAGGAAAUGAUUGAAACAUUGUUUGUAGUGAACACACCAAACCCGAAACCCAAGGAUGCUACUUCACACUCGGCUUUUCCCCUGCCAAAUCAGGAGGACAGAGUACUUGAUCCUAAAAAGUCUCAGAAUAUUGCAAUCUUGCUGAGAGCUCUUAAUGUCACUAUAGAAGAAGUGUGUGAAGGACUUUUAGAAGGUAGUACUGAUACACUUGGAACAGAAUUACUCGAAAACUUAUUAAAAAUGGCACCAAGUAAGGAAGAAGAACGUAAAUUGAAAGAAUAUAAAGAUGACGCACCAACCAAGCUUGGUCUGGCUGAGAAAUUUUUAAAGGCAGUGCUUGAUGUACCUUUUGCAUUUAAAAGGGUUGAAGCAAUGCUUUACAUAGCCAAUUUUGAAUCUGAAGUGGAGUAUCUUAGGGCAUCCUUUCAAACUCUAGAGGCUGCAUGUGAAGAGCUGCGAAAUUGUAGAAUGUUCUUGAAGCUUCUGGAGGCUGUACUUAAAACUGGGAACCGCAUGAAUGUGGGCACCAACCGUGGUGAUGCAGAGGCAUUCAAACUUGAUACUCUUCUCAAGCUGGCUGAUGUCAAAGGUGCUGAUGGGAAAACCACUCUACUGCAUUUUGUUGUACAGGAGAUUAUUAGAACUGAAGGUGCUCGUCUCUCUGGUACUAAUCAAACUCCAAGCUCUACUUUGAGUGACGAUGUCAAGUGUAGGAGGCUUGGCCUACAAGUUGUAUCAAGUCUGAGUUCAGAGCUAGCAAAUGUGAAGAAGGCUGCUGCUAUGGAUUCUGAAGUUCUCAGCAGUGAUGUCUUAAAACUUUCCAAAGGAAUUGCUAACAUAGCAGAGGUUGUGCAAUUAAACCAAACAGCAGGAUCAGAUGGAAGCAGUCAGAAGUUUACAGAAUCAAUGAACAAAUCCAUUAGAAUGGCUGAGGAGGAAAUUCCAAAAAUUCAAGUCCAAGAAAGGGUUGCUUUGUCCCUUGUAAAGGAGAUUACAGAAUAUUUUCAUGGGAACUUGGCAAAGGAAGAAGCUCAUCCUUUUAGAAUCUUCAUGGUUGUAAGAGACUUUUUAACAGUUCUUGACCGGGUCUGCAAAGAAGUUGGUAUGAUAAAUGAGAGAACCAUGAUUAGUUCAGCCCAUAAAUUCCCGGUUCCAGUUAACCCAAUGCUUCCACAACCCCUUCCUGGAUUACAUGGGAGGCAACAAUAUAAUAACUCCUCAGAUGAUGACAGUCCAUCACCUUAG